CAAAAUUCGCCAUUUGGCCCAAAUGUACCUCUAUAUCAAAAUUUCAUGUUUAUGAACGUAUUAUUAUCCAGAAUAUGUCCAAAAAUCCGGCCCAUCUCAUUUUACUUUCGAUGCAGCAUCACCAAGACAAGAGCUCUAAGUAAGCUCCCUUCUCGCAAUCCAAUUUAUAUUAUCAGUAAACCGGUGCUAGUUUUCAUACCAUGCGCUUCACUUCUCCACAAUGGACCUGCCAACCAGGUAGCUUGGGAAGAUGUCGAAGAAAAUAUUUACCAUUUGAUGAGUUUAGCUCGAUUGGCUUUGGAAAAAGGGGACACUGAAAAAGCUACAGCUAUUUUGGAAAUGGGAAUUAAAAUUUGUGAAGAAUAUGAAGCUUAUGUAGCCUUACCAUAUAUUUAUGAUAUUUUAGCUUCAAUAUCGUUUGCUUUGGGUAAUAUGGACAAAGCAGAACACCUUUUAGUAAGCGCCAUAGAAAAACUAAUCCAGACAGGUUCUCCUGCAGAUGGAAGUCAAGUGCUGGAUUUUCAGUUGCGUCUAGCCCGAAUUUAUAGCGCCUAUGAAAAAAAUCAUUUGGCUGAAAUAGGGUUCUGGGAUUGUUUGAACAAGCAAAAAGCAAAAAUAUUAGACGGAGACACUUCAACAAAAACAGGUAUGCUUUAUGUGAAUGUACUUUUUUGGUACGGUUUACAUAAAAUCCGUGUGAACCAGCACAAAAUUGCCAAAGAAUACAUCACCUCAGCUUACGAUUAUUCUCUAAAAAUUAAAGGAUUAAGCCCCUAUCAAGAAAUGGUCAUCCUUUACACCUUAGCAGACUUACAUAUGCAACUCGGAGAAAACAAUUUAGCACUACAAAACAUAAAUAACGCAAUAUUGCUGGGCAAAGGCAUCGGAAGCACCGACUUGCCUAGAUGUUAUCUGAAAUUAGCCACAAUUUAUGUGAAUUUAGGAACCUGGUCAAUUGCUAAGGAAUCUUGUUUGGAGGCUAUUAAAAUGGCGAAACUUUUUAAUGACGAUGUUUUGGCUGGAGAAGCCGAAUUUACUUUGGUGUUGAUUGAAAAGAAGAUUCAGCAGUCGAUAGAAUAAAUAAUGAUGGAUGUUAUUAUUUUUGAAAUAAAAUAACGUGUUAUAA